CGCCUCCUCGCUUCCAAGAUGACCAAGAAAAUAAGGAACAAUGGUCGUGCCAAAAAGGGCCGCGGCCAUGUGCAGCCUAUUCGCUGUACCAACUAUACCCGUUGCAUGCCCAAGGAUAAGGCCAUUAAGAAGUUCGUCAUUCGGAACACCGUAGAGGCCGCAGCCGUCAGGGACAUUUCCGAAGCGAGUGUUUUUGACGCCUAUGUGCUUCCCAAGCUGUAUGUGAAAGUGCAUUACUGCGUGAGUUGGGCCAUUCACAGCAAGGUAGUCAAGCAUCGUUCUCGGGAAGCCCGGAAGGACCGAACACCUCCACCCCGAUUUAGACCUGCUGAUGCUGUCCCACGACCUCCACCAAAGCUAAGGAGCUAA